CGAUGCCUUCCGAUCCCCGGGCGUUCUAUAAUUUCGACGUGGGCUGUCGGGUGUUUGCCCGGGCGGCCACGGGGACGGUGACGUUCGUCUGCGCCGAAGUGCACGGUGAUGCAUUGGGACGUAGUAUGUUCUGGACGGACGAUGACCUGAAGAUAGCCUGCCAGCUAUGCCUUACUGCGCAGCAACCCAGCACUGCAUCUGGUAUCAUCCGGGACGGCUGUGGUAUGCAAGCCCUCCAGCCGGAUGAUGAAGAAAUGCAUAUCAAUGAGCUUCCGUAUCCGGUUCUGGCACACAUUCUCCUGCAUUGCGAUAUGAUUACUCAACUGUGGCUAGAUCGGGUGUGCAUUCUGUGGAGACUUCUUUUGGAAGAUUACGCCGUGGCCCGACAGCGCCUCCGCAUUCUCGAUAUCUCAUGCCUCAUGGCCGAAACCCCCGUAGAAGAAGAAUUCAACAUCGAAUGCCAUUAUCAAACUUACCGACUCGUGCUGAGGCUGGACCACAGCCUGACCGUAUCGACGCAGACACUAGCAUUAGUGGACACCGUGGGAUGUUUCGAUCCAACUAAGGAAAUAGACUGGCAGGACGCCGCCGGAUACGCUCAUUAUAUGAAGAGGCACGAUUUUCACGACCGACUGAAGCUUAUCCGCCAUACACUCAAAGCCCAAAAUCAACGUGUACCGUUGAUCAUCAUCAAGGACGGUGGUGAUUGUCCGGAAUCUGUGAGCCCGGUGUUAAUGGAUAUCAGAGACGAGGGAGAGGAGGCUCCCCGGUACGAGUGCCGUGCACAGCGCCAGUGGAUGGAGGUGUGUCAACAGUUGCUGUUCGUCAACUACACCGCCGCCAUUCCAACGGGUCUGCAUCAUAAGUCCAUACUAGACGCGCUGUUCUAUUACGGUGCCGCCGACCGGACGUGGCUGGAGGAUGGGCACCGGGUGGAGCGCGGGAUGCAUGAACAGGGAGCGCAUCUGCAGAUCCACAUUCCGGUCCUGCGUUUCCACUGCACGGAGUCGGCGGCGGAACAGUGUCGGCGUUUCAUCGUGGCGGUUAAUGACAACUGUCCGCCCGUUAGUCAGCAGAUGAUGGAAAAGGUCACGGGGGUGCUGGCACGUUGGGUGCAGACACUGGCCUAUCCCGGCCAAUGGACCGGCAUCCGCAGGUUCCUCAACCUGUUUAGUAAUAUUGGUCUGAAUGACCAUCCUCAGUCGUGGGAUGACGUUGACUUGAGACAGCUAAAUGUGGCUGUGCUCAGUCGUUUAGCCAUGCACAUUCUGGACGAAUUCUUCCAAGACUGAUCAAGCGGAAAGGAG